CAUAAUGCGCUCAAGUAGCCAUGGACUUUUGGUUACUUCUAGUAAUCAUUGGUUUUCUGCUGGGAUUUUUAUCGGUCAACGAUGCAUUGUGCAGUUAUACUGUAUAGUAGUGAAUCUGUGUGAUGUGUCGUUUAAAUUGCUGAGAUUCUUCAGUUGGAUCUGUGUUUAGCAGUACUCUGAUAUUAAUUACGGAAGAAAUUAUGAGCAUUCGUUAAUGAUGGCGGAGAAACUUCAGCAGACUUCACAGCAGCCCAUUGUGAAGAUAGGACACUACACUUUGGGGCAAACUUUGGGUGUGGGGACAUUUGGAAAAGUAAAGAUUGGUGAACAUCAACUUACAAAGCACAAAGUGGCUGUAAAGAUUCUGAAUAGGCAAAAAAUCAAGAGCCUCGAUGUUGUUGGAAAAAUUCGUCGAGAGAUCCAAAAUCUGAAACUUUUUCGGCAUCCACACAUAAUAAAACUAUACCAGGUGAUCAGUACCCCGACUGACAUAUUUAUGAUCAUGGAAUAUGUGUCUGGAGGAGAGUUGUUUGACUACAUUGUUAAACAUGGGAAGUUAAAGGAGCAUGAAGCACGUAGGUUUUUCCAGCAGAUUAUUUCUGGUGUAGAUUAUUGUCAUCGGCACAUGAUUGUACAUCGCGACCUGAAGCCAGAAAAUUUGCUUCUUGACCACAAUCUGCAUGUGAAGAUAGCAGAUUUUGGUUUGUCCAACAUGAUGAUGGAUGGUGAGUUUCUUCGUACAAGCUGUGGGUCUCCAAAUUAUGCUGCCCCAGAAGUGAUUUCAGGCAAGCUGUAUGCAGGCCCCGAAGUUGAUAUAUGGUCAUGUGGAGUGAUCCUCUAUGCCUUACUUUGUGGUACUUUACCAUUUGAUGAUGAUUUAGGCAAGUGCUAUCCUUUUAGACUUCAUUAUAUUUUCAUUGAAUGGUCAUCUACGAAGAGAUUCUUGUGUGUUAUAGCUGGAAUUUUUCCUAUUCCUGAGUACCUGAACAAAACUGUUGUGAGCAUGCUGUGCCAUAUGCUGCAAAUAGAUCCAAUGAAGAGAGCCACCAUUGAAGACAUAAAAAAACAUGAGUGGUUCCAACGUGAUCUUCCUGCAUAUCUGUUUCCAUCUCCAGUGGAGCAGGACUCUUCUGUCAUUGACACUGACGCUGUAAAUGAAGUGUGUGAGAAAUUUGGAGUGAAGGAGCACGAAGUGCACUGUUCCCUUCUUAGUGGAGAUCCACAUGAUCAGCUAGCCAUUGCGUACCACUUGAUUAUUGAUAACAAGAGGAUAGCAGAUGAGGCUGCAAAGGCAGAGCUGAAGGACUUCUAUGUUGCUAGCAGUCCUCCUCCAAUUUCAUUCAGCCCCAGCGAGCUAAACCCAAGCCCCAUUCGGCCACACCCAGAGAGAAUAGCCCCAGCUCUGCGGGACCGAGUGGUAGGACCCAAUUCUGGUGCAGGUGGUGACAGACCAUCCAGGGGAACGCCAGUCAAGAGAGCAAAGUGGCAUUUGGUUACACAAAGGGAAUUUGAAGGAGGUAGAUGUAAUGCCCAAGUUGUUGAUGCAAAACCCAUGUUGGCAUUGCAGCUUCUAGUUGCACCUGAUGUUGAAAUGUUUCUACAGAAAUUUGGAGUGAAGGAGCACGAAGUGCACUGUUCCCUUCUUAGUGGAGAUCCACAUGAUCAGCUAGCCAUUGCGUACCACUUGAUUAUUGAUAACAAGAGGAUAGCAGAUGAGGCUGCAAAGGCAGAGCUGAAGGACUUCUAUGUUGCUAGCAGUCCUCCUCCAAUUUCAUUCAGCCCCAGCGAGCUAAACCCAAGCCCCAUUCGGCCACACCCAGAGAGAAUAGCCCCAGCUCUGCGGGACCGAGUGGUAGGACCCAAUUCUGGUGCAGGUGGUGACAGACCAUCCAGGGGAACGCCAGUCAAGAGAGCAAAGUGGCAUUUGGGUAUUCGAUCACAGAGUAAGCCAAAUGAUAUCAUGAAUGAAGUUUAUCGUGCAAUGAAGGCACUGGAUUUUGAAUGGAAAGUGAUCAACCCUUUCCAUGUGCGUGUAAGACACAAGAAUGCAUUGAGUGGGAAGUAUGUUAAAAUGUCACUACAGUUGUACCAGGUGGACUACAAGAGCUACUUGCUGGACUUUAAGAGCUUGAGCAGCGAGAGUAGCGAGGAGAAUGAUGGUUCUUGUAUGGCAGGUGGAGAUAUCAGCUAUGAUCCCAGUCUCUCACAGCAACAAAACACAGGACACCACACAAUGGAGUUUUUUGAGAUGUGUGCAGCACUGAUAACACAGCUUGCACGCUGAAUCUGGAUAUAUCACUUUCUGACACUGGAACGUGCUGUGAUUAUCACUGCCUUGUGGCAUGAACUCUUUAUUCUUUCUCCAGUCACUUAUGUUAUUUGCACUAACAUAUUUUCUGUCAGCUGUGCAAUUUCUGAAUUCUUAUGCCUCUAAUUAUUUUCAAUUUUUCAUGAAAGAUUGUAAAUGCAUGCCCAUAAAUACUUAUGUUUAGCAGAACAUUUGCACAGUCCCACACAAAGUAACAUCCACUCAUGUGCAGCCUUUGCACACAUAUAUGAAAGGAAGAGGAAGUUGUGAAAGUUUAGAUAGGGCUUGGAAUGAGUAGUGUUGCCAACCUUGUCAUGAAUAAGUUGCAUGCCCCAAAUUUUGGUAACUUUUUAAAGAAAAAAUGCAUGGGGUAUUCGAGAAAAUACUAUAAUACACAGUAAUGUAGAACAUUAAAGUACUUUAUAAUAUCAUACUAAGGCCCAUAUUUCCUUUCUGUUUUCAGUGUCCAGUAUCUACAACUACAUAGAGUUUUUAAUAUGACAUCGAAGCGUAAUCAGUUGCAUGUCUUGUGUAUAUUGCUUAUUAUAGGUGAAAUUAAUUUGAGUAGCCAGUAGUCAUAACAUUAGUUGUUUGACAUGAAAGAAUGUUUUUUCUUUUCCUUAAAGUUAUUGAACUUUUCCUCAUACAUUGUAUCUUAAACAAAUUGUCUGAAUUAAUUGGGAAGCGUUUAAUGUAUUUCACAUAAAAUAAAAAUAUUUUAGAAUAUUUUUAAAAUUUUAUGAUGAUAAACUAUUUUUUUCGUACCCUGCAUUACAAGGUUAAGAAGUGAAAAAAUUGUAGUAAUUACUAGCAUCAUCAGUGAUUUGUUGAUUUUUUUUUCCAAAUGAAAGUAUCCUGCAUCAAAAUAAUUUCCUCAGGAUUCACAACAAUUAUUACAUUUUCUUAAAGCUGAAACCUUGAAAGGAGGAGACCACUUGUAAGUCUUACAUGUAAAUGUGAGAGUAAUAUUAGGAUUGACCUUCAGAAAAUAAGGCAUCAUUCAUAUGGCCCAGGUUAGGGGCCAAUAGAGAGUGUCUGUGGACGUGAUAAUGAACCUUAUGGUUCCUGAAAUGGUGAUCAAUUUAUUGACUACUUGAGGAACUGUUAGCUUUUCAGAAAGGACUUUGCCGUGUUGAGUUAGUUAAUUAGUUACAUUUGUAAAUAACUAUAAGUGUCACCAACUAGAUUCUUUCUUCCUGGAUGAUGAUAAAAUUUGCUUCCAUGGUUCUGAUGUUAAAAAUGUAAUAACAUGAAGGUCCUUCUUGCCUCCAUAAUUGAGGCGAUGACUCAUUACCCUGAUGGUGGAUGAAGCAAGGACCUCUGAAACGUUGUUAAGUUUCUACAGAUUACAUGGUGCUACAACCCAGAAGAGUCAUCUUCAUACUCACCAUCAUCAGAACCUACUUAAGUAAUAACAUUUUUGUGGUCUAAGUUUCACAUGUUUUCAGAGAGGGACUGUCCCAAGGUUUCCUAAAAUUUCUUUCUAAUAUGUAUAAGACAUUCAGUUUGUGUAUGAUAGAAGAAUUGAGCCAGGGUAGCUUAAGUAGUAUAGUGUUUGAUUGUGGACUUGACAACUGGGGUUUAAUCCCUGACAAGUGCAAAGGAUUUUUCUUGUGGUUUUACAUCCAUACUGGCUCUGGGACCUACCCAACUUCCUAUCCAAUGAGUACUGGGUUGCCUUUCCCCAGGGGUACAGCAUGGCUGGGGUGUGACACUAACCACUCAUCCCCAUGUAGUGCUGAGGUUGAGAAUGAGUAGGAACUAUACCUCUUCUUCCCUGGUGACUCUGUGGCAUGUAGUGGGAAAGCUUUACUUUAUAGUAGAAUAAUUUAUUUAUAGGAAAUAUUUAUAAUUUCAAUUUGUUUAGCAGAUAAUAUGUUUUUCUAACAGUGGUUUUGAACUUUCUGGCCUUCAUAAUAUCAUAUUACAUUCAAAACUAUACAUCGAUACAGCCACAAAAGCAAAUGCUUUACCAACAUUUUGACAUCUUACUUGUUUUACCUGUUUUGUAUGUGUAUGAAAUGUAGCCUCUCUCAUUAAAGGAAGAAACGGACUGAGGGUGUUUGAGAACUAGUGCAUAAGAGAAUAUUUGAACCUAAGAGAGAUGAUGUAAUGGGAGGCUGGUGAAAUUGCAUGAGCAGCUCCAUAAUUUGUACUCUUCACCAAAUGUUAGGAUGAAGUAAAGUCAAGGAUGAUGAGAACAUACUAUUAAUUUCUCAAAGAGGACCUUACUGCAUGGAAUUAGUUAAUCAGUCUACUAAAUAUCUAAGAGUAAUCAACUGUUUAAAAUAUAUAAAGUACUUAUUUGUGGCCCUUCCUGGUUAUCAGUCAGGCUCUAGAUCAGGGCAUUCAUAUUUUGUGUUAAUAUUGUGUAAUUUUGGAUUUAUGCCAUAUGCAGUUUGCAAAUUAUAUUACAACUAAUCUGCAUGUGAUAAAAUGUUUUAAAUAGAAAUAGAAGCCCCUUUAAUAAUUCUGUGUAAUUUUUCUAACCACUUGUAGAAGCAACAGAAAUUACAUCAAGGUUUCAGUUGAAACAACUUAGAAUUUUAUUUAAUAUGCAUUGCAUACACUGUGUUUAUAAGUGAGAACACACUUAUGUCUGUGCUUGGUGCUGCACUCUGUAGAGUUUCUUGAAGUUUAUUAGGAAGGAACUUUCUUACAAAAUGUUUUGUUUCACAUUGUGCAUGGCUAGGCAAAUUGCAGUCAGAAGUGGGUUGUGGUUGGUGGUGUACAGUAUAAGUUUGAGGUAGGUUUUCUAACAAGUAUAUUCAGAAUACUUUGUAAAAUAUUUAAGUAUUCAGUAUUACUGAUGUAGAAAGCUGCACAUGCAAAGAAUUUCCACAUGUUGUGUAUGUUACAUAACCUCAAAUUUUAUCAUCCUAUUAAAAUCUAGGUCAUAAUGAGACUAGACUUGGGGGUGGGGGGGAAUGAUUGUGCUUGUCUUCUACAAAGAAUAAUUGCUGUAUAUAGAUUUGCCUUUAAUUUUUGGAAGGGAUAACUUUAUAAUAAUGUGUUUAGAAUUCAGUCAUAUGCCAUCAGGUUCUGCCAGACUGCUCACAUAAUUUGUGUAGGCAUAUUGUUUAUACUUCCUAUACUUAAAACACCCCCAAAAUAACAGUAUAUAGUAAUUUAUAACGUAACUCAGUGUGAAUUGGAAAAAUGUAAAAAUGUUUCCUUUAGUUAUAUCUUGAUAUGCCUCUGUGACUCAUAACUAUAAUAGAAACUUAUAUUUUUAAAAUGUUAAAAAGAAAUAAUAGUUCCUGUUCUGCCUAGUAUGUAAUGUAAACCCAUUUCACAUUAAUUUUAAUGUUUAAUCAAGUUUUUCAAUUCGUAUCCAUCUAAUAUUGAAAGUUUAAAUCAUGUUAUGAAAGUAUUUUAGCCAGUUUUGAAAGAUUACCUUUUAUCUCACUACUACUGUAUAGAAGAAUUCACUUUAAUUGAAAUUUCUUAAUUUAUAUAAAUGGCUGUAACAACUAUGUACUUUUAUCUGCAUUAUAAGUUUAUUGUGGUAA